AUGAAAGAUCACGCAAAGAAGAAGAAGACAUAUGAAGAGCUGAAAGAAUCAGAGAAAAGCGCGAAGAAAAGGAUGAAAAAUGAAGAAAAAUCGAAGCUUGAAACUCAAGCAUCAAUGGUUAAUUUCGCUGAUCAUUACUACAUCAACGAUCAAUCGCUUUUCCACUUGUUCAAGAACUGUAAGCUUCUCGAAGAGACAAUCAUAUUUUACUGUCAUCAAAUAACCAACGCGGGUAUUGCUUUUGCUCUCCGUGAGAGACCAACUUUGAGGUCUUUAUCCAUUUCCAGUUACUUUGAACAGGAAGACCGUGCAACGUUGUUUGCUGCAAGCCCUCAAUUAAAGUCUCUCCGUUUUACUUGCAAUUCAUGGUUAAGAGAGGAAAGCAUCAAAAUAUUUUCUUCCAUUUUCCCCAAUUUGCAGUUGCUUGAUUUGAGCUACUGCGAUAACAUACCUGAAGAAGGUAUUUGUCAAGUUUUACGAAGUUGUUCUGAGAUUAGACAGUUGAACUUAGCUCGUGAUUCAAGAAUGAAGCUACGUGGAAUGAACUUUAAAGUUCCCAAACUGGAGGUGUUGAACUUGUCACAUACAAAAGUUGAUGAUGAAGCACUCUAUGUGAUCUCAAAGAGUUGUCGUAGGCUUUUGCAACUGUUAUUGGAACGCUGUUGUGAUGUCACAGAGAAAGGAGAAAAGUAUGUGCUCGUUAUUGUUUCAGUGACAGAGAAAGGGAACUCUUCUCGCGUCAAAGAUGCCUUGUUUGCUAGCAUUCUCAAACUACUCUGCUGUGCUGAAGUUUAA